AUGUCUUCAAUGCGAAAUGCCGUCCAUAGACGGCAGCAUCGAGAACGAGGUCAACUCGAAGGUCGCGAGAAAUGGGGUAUCCUCGAAAAGCACAAGGACUACUCCCUCCGGGCCAAAGACUACAACGCUAAACAAGCAAAACUCCAACGCCUACGCGAAAAAGCUCGCGAUCGCAACCCCGAUGAAUUCGCAUAUGGCAUGCUAUCAGCCUCAAGUGCGCAACAGGGAAAACACGGUGUGCGAGAAGGGACGUCGUUGAGCCAAGACACAGUUAAACUGCUGAAGACUCAGGAUGCGGGUUAUUUGAGGACUGUGGGGGAGAGGAUACGCAGGGAGAUGGACCGGUUGGAAAAGGAGGUGCAGUUGCAGGAUGGGAUGGAGAAGGUCUUGGGUACUGGGAAUAGGAAGCGCUCGAGUGAAGAGGAUGAUGAUGAUGAGGACGAUGAGGAUGAGAAUAUGUUUGACACUGGGAUCAAAAGGCGCAAGCUUGUUUUUGCAGAGAGUCGGGAGGAUCAGAAAGAGUUGGGUCGCGAACUUGAUGAAGACGACGACGAGGAGGAUGAGGAUGAGGACAACGAAGAGCCAUUCGGCACUCAACUCCAAAAGCAGCAGCAGAAAAAGUCCACCAAAAAAGAGCUAGAAGCGCAACGAAAAGCGCUCAAGGAAGCCCGCGCCGCCAGAAAACUUAAACGUCGAGCCGCAGACGCGCGUCGCAACAAGUUAACUGCACUCAGGAAGCAAUAUGCUGAAAUCACGACUGCAGAGAGAGAGCUUGAGUUGCAGAGAGCGAAGAUGUCAAACUCGGUCGGAGGGGUCAAUAAGAGGGGAGUUAAGUGGAAGAUUCGCGAGCGGAAGAGGUGA